AUGUCGUCAGAUAUAGAGCUUAUAGACUCGCCGGGCGCCGGGCCUUCCCGGCUUUCCUCACCGAGGGCAUUGUCACCAACGAAUCUGACACCUGCGCCUCCUUCAGAAGUGGAGAAUUUGAUGGACAACUGCCAUCGUGUGCUCACUGACAUCUUUGGACAUAGUGACUAUAAGGGAAAGCAGAAGGAAAUAUUCGCUGCUGCUGUCAAGGGUCUUGAUGUGCUUGUCAUUGCGCCUACCGGCAUGGGGAAGAGCGCUUGCUUCCAGAUACCUGCGAUAGCAGAUGAUUAUGGCGUGACCCUCGUAGUAUCUCCCUUGCUCGCAUUAAUGAAGAAUCAGAUAUCUCGUCUGCGGCAGCUCAAGGUCGCGGUUGGCUCUUUGUCUUCAGAUACUCCGGAACAUGAGAAGAAGCAGAUCAUUCAGGAUCUCUGUUCGCGUGUUGUCGAUAUACGACUCCUCUAUGUCACACCAGAGAGACUACAAACAUCAGACUUCAUGAGGGUCUUGGAGGAGGUCUACUCUCGACACCAGCUUCGGCGUCUUGUCGUGGACGAGGCUCACUGCAUCUCCGAGUGGGGCCAUGAUUUCCGGGAGGAAUAUCGCAAGCUGGAUCGCUUCCGCUUGAAAUUCCCGGACGUUCCUAUCAUGGCUUUGACUGCAAGUGCCACUCCCGUCGUUCAGAGUGACAUCGUGCGCUCGCUUCGGCUUGAUCAGCGCACAAUGUACAAGAUCGUGCACCCAUUCAAUCGCGAGAACCUCUUUUACGAGGUCCGCUACCACUCUACGGCGAAUACGAUGGAUCAGUGCGACGCCGUCUUCACUUUCAUUGCCAACCUACAUGAGCGCCGCGGACGUCCGAGUAGCGGCAUCGUUUACUGCCGCUCGAAGAAGCAGUGCGAUGAACUCUCAAAUUACUUGCGCGGCAAGGGCAUCGCUGCUCGACCAUAUCAUAGGGGCAUCAGGCCUCAUAUCCUAGAUAAGACACUCAAGGAGUGGGAAGUAGGUGGGGACGGGCAGGGCGGCGUAGAUGUUGUAUGCGCGACCAUAGCAUUUGGUAUGGGUGUUGAUAAAGGCAAUGUACGAUACAUUGUGCAUUUUGACCUUCCGAAGAGUAUGGAGGCGUAUUACCAGGAAACUGGUCGUGCUGGCCGCGAUGGCGAGGCAGCCAAAUGCGUCAUGUUCUACUCUCGUGAAGACGCGUUGUACGUGCGGAAGCUUGUCAACGGGUCGCAUGGAAAGCGUGUGAAUUCGUACGAGCAGGGUGAUGCGCCACCACCGAGUCAACGUUCACUUGACAGUCUCGGCGCGCUCAUAGCUUUUGCUGAGAACACUGUCGUAUGUCGACACAUCCUUAUCUGCAAGUUCUUCGGGGAACCCAUACCCAAAGAUGCCGACUCCCGUGCAACAUACUGUGCGCGUAUGUGCGACGUCUGCAAGUACCCCGAUCGCACGCGCGCACGUCAAGAAGCGCUUACAGCUGGACUGGUACCUGGUGCCGAGGAUUUCUCGUCGCGCAUUCCUGUCAUUCGAGCGACAGGCGGCGGUCGAAGCAACGAAAUCAAGCCCACUUUCGACGCGCGAACAAGGGCCUAUCCACCGCAAAGGGCAAACCCGGGAUGGGUCGAAGCUGCUCGGCUGGAGAAGGAUGGUCCCGGUACGAAGGGCAAAGAGAAACAGCAAGCAGAAUUACCGUCCGUCCCAACUGGCAGCACCGUCAUGGCACCUAGCUCCCGCGCUACUGCUCCCUAUCGGGGCCCUGGCUUGUUGAAGUCAUCUCUUAAGCGCACGUCAAGCUCGGGCAGCGACUCAGCUAGUUCUACCUCAGCGCCAGGAUCGAGUGCGCCGAAGCGAGUUCGCACCGACUACUCCUCGGGAGCGAUCGGGGUUCGGCAUAGUGCUGGGAAUGGAAGGGCUGGGUUUAAGGUCCCUUUCAAGGCCCCUAGACCUGCGCCUGCAAAGGAGCGAGAGAUAACACCGGUUAUCGAGAUCGAUGAUGAGGAUGAUGAGCCUGUCGUCGUGGACCGGGACGAGUCGAACACCAUUCCGCCGUAUGUACCGUUGUUCGAGCCGGCAUCCGAGAGUGAUGACGAAGAGCUUACUCUGACCCUCGGGCCAGCACUCCCACCCACGGUCGUUGAGCUUGAUGCUGCUUUCUCGAACAAGAUACCAGCCUCAGUACGCUUGCGGACAUUCACCUCGUUGCGGUGUGCGUUACACACCGUCGUCCCGACCAUACCGUGGGCCACGACUAUUGCGCAAGAUGCAGACGCUAUUGCGCGCGCCGCAAGUUCUCUUGAGUUCGGUAUCCUCAGUCUGAGCGCGAGUGAGGCAGGCUACGCAAGCCGAGCGCGACGUGUCGUCGAAGGCGCGCGGAAGGCCAAGGAUAAACGCGCUUGGGUAGAUGGGGAAGAUGAGAAGUUUGAAGAGGCUCGUGAGGCCGUUAGGGCGCUACGGGCUGUUUGUGGGAAGGGAAGUGGUACUAAGAGGAAGAGGUAG